GCAAAGAAUCCGGUCUCCAUCCUGCCUUUACAUACGUAAUCUCUUCCCUAUUCCUUCACAGAUAUAGCCACCCGCGACUCCGCUUGGGUGUUUGACUUGGGUGACGUUGCCUUAUCAACGCAAUCCCCAGCCACUGACAUUUUUGCAACAUGGCGACGCAAAGGAAACCCGGUGGUUAUUGGAGUGCCGAGAACCCAAUCCCGACGAUCCAGCAGUUUCUAGAGAGCUUGGACAAAGACAAAAAAGAUCGAGACAGGAAAAUCGAUGAAUCUGGUCGAUCUCAGGCGCGGGAACAGAAACAUAGAGGACGUUAUCAGGACAUAGAGGCUGCCCCGCAUAAACCUGCGCCAGCAGCUAAGAACAGAAGACGAACCGUCACGGACCCAACGACAGGCCGGGAGAUUGAGAUAGACGAUGUCGGGAUUGAACACAUGAAAGCGGUGGAGGCUCCCAAAAUCACCGUUCCAAAUGCGAAUCUUGGCUUGCCAACCGCAGCUCAAACCCGGCCGGAUCAACCGCUGCGCGAAUAUAAGUAUAAACAGGAUAUUACAGCGCCUCCAGACCCAAUUGCCGAAGGAACAACUUCCGACGUCCCAAUUCAUGGUGAAAAGACGAACAUUUUAUUCCAUCCCACUCCGUCCAUUAGCUAUGAACCAAUGUUCAAGUCAUUGGAGAAACGUGGUGGUUUUCUCUGCGCAGCGAUCUUUUGGGCAAUCUUGAUUAUCGGCAAACUUGCCGGUAGUGCAUUGAAAUGGCUCAUCCCCCUCUCUGCUUGUGUUGCCUCUGGUGUAUGGCUUUGGAUUCAGGAUGUUAUCCGCAAAGGGAGGAAGCACGAGUGGAGCGCCGAACAGCUCCGAGGACAAACGGCCACGGCAAACCUGUUGCCAGAAUCUGUGGAAUGGUUAAAUAGCUUUCUAGAAGUUGUUUGGGGCCUGAUGGAUCCGGAGAUGUUCGCAGGUGUUGCUGAUACCAUUGAAGAUGUCAUGCAGGCGUCCGUACCAGGGAUCAUCGAGAAUGUUCGAGUAGCCGAGAUUGACCAAGGCUCAAAUCCAUUUCGUAUCCUCAGCCUAAGGUCGCUCCCAGAGAGUCAUGCCAAGGAUCUAGCGGAGGGUAUGCGGGAACACAACCUGAACACAAAAUCCGUGGAAGAAACAACUGCAGAGGAGGAAGGUGGAGACACUUAUACUCUUGAAUGCUCGUUUGCAUACCACGCCAAACCCACGGGUAACACUUCUUCCGCAAAGGCAGAAAAUAUGCAUAUGAUGCUAGUCUUUUAUCUUGGUGUUAAGGGCCUUUUCGGUGUUCCUCUUCCAAUUUUUGCAGAACUAAUAGAAGUGGUUGGAACCGUCCGACUUCGCGUGCAGCUCACACCUCAGCCACCAUACGCGAAGACAUUGACUUUUAGUUUGAUGGGUCUUCCGCAUGUCCGAGCUGGCUGUGUUCCAAUGGUCAGACACGGGGUGAAUAUUCUGAACUUACCACUGAUAUCCAACUUUGUGAACUAUGCAAUUGGGGCAGCAGCUAGCUUAUACGUCGCUCCCAAGUCUAUGACGCUAGACCUCGCCCAGAUGCUGCAAGGCGACGAUAUCCAGAAGGAUACGCUGGCGAUGGGUAUUUUGUGGGUGAGAGUCCAUCGCGCAGUUGGCCUGAGCAAACAAGAUAAACGUGGAAGCUAUGGAGGAGGAAGUGAUCCGUACAUCAACCUCUCAUUUUCAAAAUACGGCAAGCCGAUGUACUGCACAAGAGUUAUAUGCGACGAUCUCAACCCUGUAUGGGAGGAAGGGGCGGGCAUUUUAGUAACCCCGGAGAUUAUCAAGGCGAACGAGCAGUUGAGCGUCGAGUUGUGGGACUCUGACCGAAACACAGCCGACGACAUUGUGGGGAAGGUCGAGAUAUCCAUUCAAAAAAUGAUGGAACAUCCUAGUAAGAUGUAUCCCAUGGUUUCCAAACUCUGCGGCAUGGACGCUGGGUCGGAGAUGCCAGGUGAGUUACACUGGGAAGUUGGAUAUUUUGGCAAGCCGCGGAUGCGAAGGGAACUCCGAACAGACGGCAAAAACAAAAACUUGCCAGAAAACUUGAAAGGUCACCCACAGCUACGGGACGAGAUAGGUAGCAUCCUGAAUGAUGAGCAGGACGCUGUCAUGCACACUCCACCCGAUCCUCUCUGGCCAAGUGGGAUCUGUAGCAUCGUCGUUCAUCAAAUCGUCAACUUACAAUUUGCCAGAAUCAAGGGAACGCUGGGGAACCGCAAAGGUAAUGAGUAUGAUCCCGCCAGAGAAUACGGGGAAAACACGGACGAGGAAGGAAAAAAUCUGCCGACCAGCUAUUGCAUGAUUAUGUUGAAUGAUCAACUGGUAUAUCGAACACGAGCGAAAGCCGUCUCAAGCAAGCCAAUCUUCAAUGCAGGAACUGAGCGAUUCAUUCGGGACUGGCGAUCUGCCAUCAUCACAAUUGCAGUUCGCGAUCAGAGAUAUCGCGAGCACGAUCCAAUUCUGGGUGUAGUUCCCCUAAAACUGUCGGAAAUUCUCCACGCUCGAUCGCAAGUAACCCGAUGGUAUCCUUUGGACGGCGGUAUCGGAUACGGUCGCAUCCGCGUGUCAUUGCUCUUCCGAAGCGUUGAAACUCAACUCCCACGGCACAUGCUCGGUUGGGAUGUGGGAACCUUCGAAGUGGUGUCGGGCGGCAUCACCGCCAAGGGCUUCAACCACCACGUGAAAGUCAAGCUGCGCACCAGCGGGAGCGCCACUUCGAUCUCUCGAUCCGCCUGCCAUGACAUGCAAGAUGGAGGUGGUGUGUACAUCGAUUUGGGCUCCGAAGAGUCGAAGCGCAACACCCGCCUACCGGUGCAGCACCGUUAUCGAUCUGCAGUGGUCGUCGAGCUCCCCAGUGGCUCUACGAUCGGUUAUUCCGUCAUCUGGCUACAAGAUAUUGCAGACAACGAGGACGCCGCCCUCGACAUACCAAUUUGGACAACCAAAAACCCACAGCGGCUGACUCAAAACUACAUUAAAGAGGAUAACUGGGAGCAGAAGCGUAGUCCUGGUUUGGAGGACUUGACUAUAGCGGGACGACUCCAGCUUUCAUGUCGUUUUGCUCCAGGCUUCAGCGAGGUCCAUGAGCGGCUUAUUGCUGACAAUAAUACGAGAGAAACCUUCGAGGCCUGGGAGGCUUGCAUUGCUGAAGGUGUGCGCGAGCGCCGGGUACAAGUAGAAGUCCCGGAAAAUAUCAAAGAAUUGCACGCUAAGUCAUUAAUCAGCGAGCGAGACAUUCUACGAUACAACGCAGUAGACGGGGAAAUAGCACAAGAGAAAUGGUUUCAGGGGCAUGGUCUCGAUUGGUCUAUGGCUUUUGGAGAUAGCCCGCAUGGCCUAGCUGAUUUCAAACAAGCAACGGAUGAAGAAGAUUCAGACAAGAGGGCAUCCAUCCAUUCCCAGGCUCAAGGUGCAGAUGCACAGGGCCAGGAUGGACAUUAUUCGCGGAACGCCGACGGCGAGCCAUCAAAUCGGGCCAAUGCAUCUCAGAAUACAGAAGACGAGGCGCAGGAUGCCGAGUCCAUAGUCACGGACGCAAAUUCCCACGCAGCGGAUUUCGAAACAAGGGAGGAUAGACGCCAGCGGCUCGGCAACAAACAGAAUAAACGGACUGAAAAGCGAAAACUUCGGGGAUCUAUGCAAUGGGCACCAGCACGUAACGCAGCCUUCGUUAAACACGAGGCAACAUUUGCCCUCAAGAAAAUAAAGAACAAGGUCUCCGGCAGCUUGACGGGCAGAGAGCCGGAUAUCGAAACCGAAAUUGGAUAAAAGUGCGUGACCCGGUAGCGCACACUUUCUUAUAUUCUUCCGCAUCUACAAGUGUAAUUUUAUCAAUCGCACUGCACGUCCUUGUAUAGAGCGACGUUGUAGUUACUCAUAUAUAA